ACCUGUUGGAACAUUUAUACUUGGCACAUGGCAAGUUCAAAGACGUAAAUGGAAGUUAAAUCUGAUAAAAACUUUAAACGAACGCAUCUCCUCUCAACCCAUAGAAUUACCAGCAGAUUUAGAACAGUUGGAGUCGAUGGAAUAUUGUCCUAUUACAGUUAAAGGAACAUUUUUGUAUGAUAAAGAAUUUUCAAUAGGACCUAGAUCUUUAAUAUUGAAUGGUGAUUCAAACACUUCUGGCUCUGUAAUGGGAAACCAAAGCAGUCAAAGGGGUUAUUACCUUAUUACACCAUUUAAAUUAUCUGACCGGGAUCUGACAAUUUUAGUAAAUCGUGGCUGGAUACCUAAUUCUCUUAAAAAUCCAACUACAAGAAAGAAUAGCCAGGUAAAAGAUGAAGUAGAAAUUACAGGAAUUUUAAGGUUGAAUGAGCCAAGACCACAGUUUGUACCCAAACAUAAUCCAAACAACGAUGUCUGGUACUACAGGGAUCUGAAUGCCAUGGCUGAAAGAGCGGAUGCAGCACCUGUAUACAUUGAAAUGACACGCAAUAAAAAUUUUCCUACGUAUCCAGUAGGGGGUCAAACACGCGUGAAUUUGAGAAACGAACAUUUAAGUUAUAUUAUUACGUGGUAUUCUCUCUCUGCGUUUACCGCAUACAUGUGGUUUAAAGUAGUGAUUAGAAAACUGCCGCUCUCAUAACUAUUCGUGUUGUCUAUGAUUAACAGUGGAACAACAGAAUGAGUCAGUGGUUGUAGAAGUUUUUAUUUCAGAAUAUAACAAUGUGAAUGGUCCAUACUAA